GCUAUUUUUAAUCUUUGUUGUCACUGCGUUUGCAAAUUUUGGAUAACAAAUUCUUUUAGGACACGUGUACUUGCUUCAAAUUACAUCAAGUUUCAUCACAGGACGUUUAUUUUUAAUCAUAUGAUUGUCAUAUCAAUUCAUAACUAGUGAGUCCGUUUUGUGAUUACAAUUUUGUGCUCCGGUGUUCACAAUGUCUGAAUUUAAAGACUGGUAUUAUAGUGUACCCUUCUUCACAAGAUACUGGCUAUCUUGUACGAUAAUUUUAAGUUUAAUAGGUCGAUUUGGGAUAAUUCAUUAUCACAACUUUGUGUUGGACUUCUAUCCUUUCAUCUAUCAGUUCCAGAUAUGGAGGCCACUUACAGCAUUAUUCUUUUAUCCGAUUGGACCAGGCACAGGUUUCCAUUUUUUGAUAAAUUGCUACUUCCUCUACAAUUAUUCUCAAAGGUUGGAAACAGGGAUAUUUGCGGGAAAGCCAGCUGAUUAUUUCUACAUGCUCCUGUUUAAUUGGACUUGCUGUGUUGUUAUUGGAUUAUUAGUUAAUUUGCCAAUAUUGAUGGAUCCAAUGGUGUUAUCAGUGCUUUAUGUUUGGUGUCAACUUAAUAAGGAUGUUAUUGUGUCAUUCUGGUUUGGAACACGCUUCAAGGCAAUGUAUUUACCUUGGGUUCUGCUUGCAUUUAACCUUGUUUUAAGCGGAGGUGGAAUGAUGGAACUACUAGGUAUCCUGAUUGGUCAUGUGGCAUUCUUCCUUCUCUUCAAAUAUCCACAGGAGUUUGGUGGCCCUGCUUUGCUAACACCUCCUGCCUUCCUAAAACAAUUUUUUCCUGAUACAAGAUAUAUUGGGGGUUUCGGUACCGCGCCCCAAGCGAGAGUGGCGGAACGCCCGGCUGGUGGUGCAGUCUUUGGACGUCAUAACUGGGGCAGAGGUCAAACGUUAGGAGGGAACUGAGUGGAGUAAAAAACUAUUUAUAUAUAGUAAAAGUGGAUAUGACUAUUGGAUUGUGCAUCUUUUGAUUGAUCAUCUAUAAUAGAUAUGUUGGUAAUGAGCUAUAUUGUUUUUUUAAUUUUCAGAAAUAAAAUAUAUCUUAUUAAAGUAAAUAUGCUACAAAUUUACACAUAAUAUAAAAUUAUGAAGUAAUCCUAUAUUAUGAUGGUCUUUCAUAUGUAUAGGUCCUGGGUAAAGUUUGGAUAAGUUGGAUAUGGUCUGGUUCUAACUGUGAGGUUCCACUGCCAUUAAACAUGUUAUUUCAUUCCCUUUGAUAAUAGAGAGAUAACAAUGUUUUUUACAGUGGAAUCUCGCAGUUCUUAAUUUUAUGCUCUUCGUAAAUUUUAAUUAAUAAAUGUUGCGAUGAGUCGACUAUUUAUUUAGUUAUUUUUGUAAAUAAUUUACGUCAAAAGAUAAAAUUUUAUCUUUGUCCCAUUUGAAAACGGACAAUCACUUUUAUAUUGUUAUAAUUUUUAUACAGAUUAAAUGAGUACAGACAUAAAAUAUUAAAAUUAUAUUUUCUUUGGUAAAACCAAUUGUUCAUCGACUCAUAAAUGUCCCGACUUAGGGGCUCUUGUAGUCAACUAACCUGCUAAAACCCAACACUGACCCGGUGCAAGUUGACUAAACUUAUCUUUUUUCUUUGAAUUUCUUCGCAGAUAUGUGAAGGUUGAAUAAUAAAGUUUUCCUUCACCCAACCUGGAUUUAAAGGAAGUCCUUUAAAAUGGUUUCCACUAAGUUUAUAUGCUAACCCAAAAAAUGUAGGCAUUUUUAUUAUAUUAUAGUAAGUAAAAACUUGGCUCCACUGUU